CUGCACCCAGCUCAUGUCUUCAAGAAUAUGAACCCCAACACAAGACGUCAUCUCCAUUCGAUAAGCAUCAAAUCUCUUUGGCGUGGACAUCAGCUUUGACAGAGGUUGAGUUGGAGAUGGAGAUUACUUCGGUCAGCUUGUUUCGGAGAUGGCCCUGUAUAGAUAAAAGCGAUUCCCCUCUUGAAUCUGCACUUCACUCAAUUGGAGAUGUGUACUGGCACUCUUCAUUAAAAUUUCUGGGCAUUUCUGGGGCCUAUGUAUUUCGUGCCUCUGAACACCUGGUAAGCUGGGAUUUCCGUUUGUGCUACUUUCCCGAACACCUGGUAUAUCCAGCUGAACGUGGCUCCUCCAAAAGGGCCUUUGCAUGUGUACGUGCCGCAGGUGCAAGUGAAGACAGGAACUCUAACAUGGCCAUUUCCUUGCUGGGAUUUGGUGGAGGAAGUUGUUGGAAGCACUCCAAGAGAACAUCGAGGGCCAUUUGUUGUGCUGCGGUGGAGAGGAAAGCAGGAGGUAGGAAGCUGCUGGUGGGGACUGCUGUUGAAUUUCAGAGUAGAUGACAUUGUACUCCACCGAUUGGUCAUACACUCGUUGAUACACAUGUAUCGUAUACGAGAUUGCGACCGCUCGGGGACCUCCACAGCUCCAUGGCGGCACAGGUAAAAGAGACACUGCAAAAAAAAAACAAGAAGUAGCACUGGAGGGUCAAGGAGGUAUCAACCUUUUAGCGUCUGUUUCCGGGCUUCUCCUUCGAACAAAGAUUGCUGAAAACCUCUUCUCUCCUUUGCAGCAGGGCUUCGCCUUUCCUCUUGAUGUCUUUUCUCCGUGUCCCCUAACUCUGGCAUUAUGCUUGCUUUUAUAGGGAGUCUUCGAGAUAGGAUUGAGUCUUGAUUUUGAAUUUGAAUAAACUUAUCUCGAGAUAGCCGGUUGUGCAUGGCAGUGAGUUUGUUACAAUCAAAUUGAGUCAAGCCCGCAUAAUCUGUAUCAAUUUGGAUAACAUGACUUGAAUUUGAAUUUGAAUGUUUUGAUGUGCUACCAUA